AUAGUUGUUAACAUCACGAAACCCUAGCAACAAGAACAAAAUAUAACAGAAGGGGGAAGAUGGGUAGAGGAAAGAUUGCAAUCAGGAGAAUAGACAACUCAACCAGUAGGCAAGUGACGUUCUCAAAGAGACGGAAUGGGUUACUGAAGAAAGCAAAAGAGUUAGCCAUUUUAUGUGAUGCUGAAGUUGGAGUCAUCAUCUUCUCCAGUACCAAUAAGCUCUAUGAAUUCUCAAGUGCAAGCAUGAAAUCAGUGAUUCAACGCUACAAUAAAUCAAAAGAAGAAACCAAUCAACUGGUGAAUUCGAUGUCAGACGUCAAGUUUUGCCAAAUGGAGGUCGCAAUAUUGAAGCAACAGUUGCAGAAUCUGCAUGAAGCUCAUAGGCAACUUAUGGGAGAAGAACUCUGUGGUUUGGGAGUUGAAGACCUGCAAAAACUCGAGAACCAAUUGGAAAUAAGCUUGCAAGGUAUUCGAAUGAAAAAGGAAGAGAUUCUAACCAAUGAGAUAGAGGAUCUCACGAGAAAGGGGAGCCAGAUACAUCAACAAAACAUCGAACUCUACAAGAAGAUUCAUGAAGCAAGAGCAUAUGCCGCUAGCUAUGAUGAAACUAGUUCAAUGCAUGAAACUCCAUUGUUAUCCAAGUAUGCAGCUCCACCAAUCAGCAGCUAUGCCAACUUGAGCAUUGGAGGACUCUUCACAUACGGAUAAACUUAUAAUGUGAUGUUUUCAUUUCUUGACACAAGCUUCCCUUUUAAUGUGAUAUUUUCAUUUCAUGAAAUGAAUGCAUGUUCGAUGCAAGCAAAUAAUCCUUUUUGUGAUUUCAAUACCUAUAUUUUUCAAGGUCAUUUCAAAAUUUCUGGCCUUUGAGUAUCGUA